AUGAGGACGGGGUUCUGGUUCUUCACGGAGCCGACGGACGCAAUCCACGUGGUUCAGUGGGAUAGAUUCAACGAAGUGCUCGGCGAGCCCGCUAGCCAAACCGAGAUUCGCAUUCAAAAGGAUAACAUAUCCAGCACGUAUCAUGAGCUGCCGUCAUAUUUCUCACUCCCCACCGCAGGUCAGAAGAAAAAUGAGGAUGCUCAGCAACGUAUAGAUGACCUCAAAGAGAAGGGUAUUUGGCGCCGUCUUACCUCCCAUGUUACGGCAGCCAGGUUACGGCGCAUAACUGGCCGCCAGUCGGGCCCGUGCCAGACGGACAAGACCUACUCCAUCGAGGCAAUUGGCUCCGCACGUACACAGCAAGCUGUCGACUCCACAGCAUAUCUUGAGUCCGUCCUUAACGACACCUCCGAGUCAAGUCUGACCGACGAAGAUAUUGUGGGCGAGGUUCAGAUCGCUUUCCUCGUUGGCAUGCACCUCGGAAACGAAAGUUGCAUCCUUCAGUGGUGGCACAUGGUUCUUCGGAUCCUGUUACGUGCCUUCACUCUGGUUGUCACUAAACCCCAGCUCUCCCGCCUCUUCAUCCAGACCCUGACGGCUCAGUUAUCAUAUAACAAUACCCAUCUUGAUGGCUCUAUACUUGACUAUGGGGUCGACAGUUCACGUGACCUCCGCCUGGCCCUUACUAUAUAUAAGCGACGCCUCGACGAACAACUACUUGCACUCAACGGAGACGCUACCAAUGAGCAAGUUGCCGUGGGAAAAGCUUUCCUUGAGCUUGAAUCUCUCGCGUGGAAGCUUGGAUGGGAUCUGCGAGCUGACUAUGUCCGGUCAGGAAAGGUCAUGCUUGAGGACGGUGAACAGGUGGAUCUGGAUAUGGAUGAAUUCGAGGCUGAAGAUGAGCGUGGAGAGUUUGCCGCCGUUGUUGUGGAGAUGGAUGAUCAUGGAAGGCCUAAAGAUAUGAUAUCUUGGGAAUGA